AUGUCGGGGCAGCGUGGCGGUGUGGGGGGUGGGGGUGGUGGGGCACAGUGGGGCUCCAGCGGCAACACAAACAGCUCCAGCAGCAAUCCACACGGACUCAAGCAGAUCGACCUUGACCAGAUAUGGGGCGACCUGAGGCAAGGCAUUGAGCAGGUGUACAACAGCCAGGAGAUGUCCCGGCCGCGCUACAUGCAGCUCUACACACACGUCUACAACUACUGCACCUCGGUCCACCAGCAGUCCACCAAGGCGGGCAGCAGCGGCGGUGGACAGCGGGCCAAGAAGAGCACAGCGGCGGGCAGCGGAGCACAGUUUGUGGGGUUGGAACUGUAUAAACGCUUAAAAGACUUCCUCAAGACAUACCUUCUCACGCUGAUGAAGGAUGGUGUAGACCUGAUGGAUGAAGAGGUGCUCAGAUUCUACACCAGGCAGUGGGAAGAGUACCAGUUCUCCAGCAAGGUGUUGAACGGGGUGUGUGCCUACCUGAACCGACACUGGGUGAAGCGGGAGUGUGAUGAGGGACACAAAGGUAUUUACGAGAUCUACCAGCUGGCUCUCGUCACCUGGAGGGACCACCUCUUCCAGCCUCUCAACAAGCAGGUGACCAACGCAGUACUGAAGCUGAUUGAGAGGGAGAGGAACGGAGAGACCAUCAACACCAGGCUUGUCUCCGGCGUCAUGAACUGCUACGUGGAACUGGGUCUGAACGAGGAUGAGCCCAGUGCAAGGGGCCAAAACUUGUCUGUGUACCGGGAGUCCUUUGAGAACACCUUCCUGGAGGACACGGAGCGCUUCUACACCAGGGAAAGCACCGAGUUCCUGAGAAAUAAUCCUGUCACUGAGUACAUGAAGAAGGCCGAGACACGUUUACUGGAGGAGCAGCGGCGGGUGCAGGUGUACCUUCACGAGACCACACUGGAGAAGCUUGGCAAGGCUGAGAAGGUGCUCAUUGAGAAGCACCUGGAGAUCUUCCACAAUGAGUUCCAACAUUUACUCAAUGACGACAAGAAUGAAGACCUGGCCAGGAUGUACCAGCUUGUCUCCAGGAUACCCGACGGCCUGCGUGAGCUGCGGACACUCCUGGAGCAGCACAUCACCAACCAGGGUCUCGCCGCCAUCGACCGCUGCGGUGACUCAGCCAUUAAUCAGGAUCCCAAGAUUUACGUGCAGACAAUCCUGGAGGUUCACCGCAAGUACAACUCUCUGGUGCUGACGGCCUUCAACAAUGACACCGGCUUUGUGGCGGCGCUGGACAAGGCGUGCGGUCGCUUCAUCAAUAACAACAGCGUCACCAAGCACCCCAACUCAUCCUCCAAGUCACCAGAACUCCUCGCCAAGUACUGUGAUCUACUGCUUAAGAAGUCGUCAAAGAACCCGGAGGAGGCUGAGCUGGAGGACACUUUGAACCAGGUGAUGAUUGUCUUCAAGUACAUCGAGGACAAGGAUGUGUUUCAGAAGUUCUACAGCAAGAUGUUGGCCAAGCGUCUGGUGCAGCACAUGUCGGCCAGCGAUGACGCCGAGGCCUCCAUGAUCUCCAAGCUCAAGCAGGCGUGUGGCUUCGAGUACACCUCCAAACUGCAGCGGAUGUUCCAGGACAUUGGCGUAUCAAAAGACCUUAACGACCAGUUCAAGAAGCACCUGGCCACCGGUAAUGAACCACUGGACCUGGACUUUGCCAUUCAGGUCCUCUCUUCAGGGUCAUGGCCCUUCCAGCAGUCCCAGACCUUCACUCUCCCACACGAGCUGGAGCGGAGUGUGUCGCGCUUCACCUCGUUCUACUCCGGGCAGCACAGCGGUCGCAAGCUCAACUGGCUCUUCCACUUGUCCAAGGGGGAAAUAGUCACCAAUUGCUUCAAAAACAGGUAUACGCUUCAAGCCUCUACCUUCCAAAUGGCUGUGCUGCUGCAGUUCAAUACUGCUGUGUCUUGGAGUGUUAGCCAUCUGCAGGAGAUGACGGGCAUUUCCCAAGACAUUCUCCUGCAAGUGGUGCAAAUCCUGCUGAAGUGCAAGCUGCUCAUCUCGGAGGACGAUGAGGACGUCUCCCUCGACUCCAGGGUGAACCUUUUCCUUGGCUACAAGAACAAGAAACUCAGAGUCAACAUCAACGUGCCAAUGAAGACAGAAAUGAAGAUUGAGCAGGAGUUGACCCACAAACACAUUGAGGAGGACCGGAAGCUGCUGAUCCAGGCGGCCAUUGUGCGGAUAAUGAAGAUGAGGAAAGUGUGCAAACACCAGCAACUCCUCAUGGAAGUACUCAAUCAACUCACUCCAAGAUUCAAACCCAGAGUACCCACUAUUAAGAGAUGCAUUGACAUUCUGAUCGAGAAGGAAUAUCUAGAAAGAAUAGAUGGGCAGAAGGACACGUACAGUUACCUUGCAUAAAUAAGGUAGAUAGUGUAAGUAGGGAAAAGAGGAAAACAAGGAGUGGCCAGGCCGGAAGCACAGUGUUGUCUGGGAGUGGGACUGUGCGUGUGGUGAUGUAUUACUGCAGGCCUUGCCAUCACCAGGGUUGUCUUUGGGCUGUGGGCUGUGGGAGGGUCUGGGGCGGGACGGGAUGGGAGGGUAGGAACAAGGAGUAUAAAGGGUAACUGUUCUUGCUUUGAGGCAGCACGUUUCAGGCAAGUCCACUGCUCCUAAGAUGCUUGUAACUGCUCACUCACACUUAAAAAAAUACAAAAUGAAAAAAAAAUGUGCCGGGGAGAAGCGUCCACUUGUAAUAUUAUGAAGUGGUGGACACUUUUUAUUCCCCUGCAAACUGUACUCUUGUUUUUUUUUCUCUUUUUUUCACACCUGGAAUUGGAUGAUGAUAAUGUUUUCCCCCAUGAAGGUGUGUUUGUUCCAGCAGGCUGAGCUGAGCCAAGUCGAGGCUUGCUUGUCGAUAUAUUACCGCUGCGUUCUCAUCUUUCUCCACCUUUGCCGGCUUGCUGAGUGCUUGUUUGUGCAGCGGCGGCAGGCAUGGCAGGGAGCGGUUCUUGGGUUCUCUCUCUCUCUCUCUCUCUCUCUCUCUCUCUCUCUCUCUCUCUCUCUCUCUCUCUCUCUCUCUCUCUCUCUGUCUGUCUCUCCGUCUGUCUCACGUGUUGUUGAUAGGAAAGCGAGUGUGAAGCAAGAGUCUCAUUCAGGUAGUGUGCAAAUCAGAGUUAUAUUGUUAUCACAUUUGUGUCUCCCUCCCCCACAUGAAAUAGUUCUUUUUUUUAUUAUUUUCAAUUCUCCUCAUGUACUAUUCCAGUGUCUGUCUGGUUGUAAGAGGCUUUAUCCUGUUCCUUAACAUCAAAGCAUUUUAUAAGAAUCAAGUCUUUCAUUCCCGGCUUGGGAAGUACACAGAUCCACUUGAACGGCAUUUGAAGGUUGGCGUCUGUCUGUCUGUCUGUCUGUAUGUGUGUCUGUGUGCCGAGGGGCUGGAGGGUGGAGGAUGAGGGUGGGGGGGAGGCCGGCCAAGACUCCCACAGCAGAGUAGGUGUUGAUAUUUUUGCAGCAACACAGCGUGGAUGAUUGUGAAGGGUGGUAGUAGCGUGCAGUUCCAUAUUUGUGUGCUGUAGCCCAUUGCAUACACACAUUAGUGUAUAAAUGCUCGUGCUGUGAUCUGAAUAUUAAGGUGGGCCAGGUCUGCCAGUAGUCCAAAGGGAAGAUUGUCAAUUGUUUUAAUUUGCAGGGGUUGAGUUAGGUUGAGUUGCUUUUGUUGGUGUGUUGGGUUGCCGGCGGUGUAGGAGUGGCGGUGUUGUGUCUCUCUCUUCCGUUGGUCACGCCAGGCCUUAAGACAGGUGUAAAUAUUUCAGUGACAGGUUUUUAUAGUCUACAACAAUUUAUUUGGUCGUGUAUAUCAAAUGUGCAUGGUAUUAAUCCCUAUUUUUUGAAGAUGUUUAACUUGUUCAUUCAUGAUUUACAUUCUGAGUGUCCACUAUUGCAGGGAAAACUUUCAAAAUUAUCAUGAGCAAAAGCCAGUGUCAGGUGCAUCAAAUAAGUAAGGUUACCAUUACCCAGUUACUAUUAUCCAGUCUACUGUUGUUAAAUAUUAAAAUAUCUAAGUUCCACCUUCAAAUUGACUCCUGUUUUAUUUCUUUGUAAGUUUACGGCAUCAGCGUCAAGACGUCUGCCUUAAGCUAGCCAGUAUUUUCCCCAAGAUACAACGCAUGUACCACUCACUGACUGACUGACUGAGUGGGUGAGUGACUGACUGAGUGGGUGGGUGAGUGAGUGAGUGAGUGAGUGAGUGAUCCGCCUACACUUGCACUACUACAGUGGUGUCACCGGACUGCUGACUGAAGUACCUGUUUGAUAUCUCGUGUCCAACAAACCGGCUUACCAUUAUGUUCCAGAGCCUAUGCCAAGCAGAGGCUCCACUCAAUAGUGUCAAUAAAGUUACCAUCACCACCACUAGUUUCUUGCCGACUUGGUGUUGUGAUGCAUCACUAGCACACCGGUGGCAGGACUGCUUCUUGAUCAUGCUCAUCACCUUCACCACCACACCAUGCCACACCACCACCAUGCUAGGUUUGUGAUGUAGUCAGUCAUAUCCAUGUUUGAGCUCAUUGAACAUUGUGUUUGAGAAGGUAUGGAGCUUUUAUCAGUGUAUAAUAAUCCCAAGGAAUAUAAUGGUGAUGAUCCAGUGUGUGGCUGUCCCUCAUAUCAUCACUACCUUGCUAUUCAAGCCAACAACUGUCAAACAAACAUUUCCUGUUCUGCUGUUAACCAAGAGUGAGAUUUGAUUAUGGAUCAAAGUGUACAUACAUGAACACCUUGGCUGGCCAUGUCAGUGCUCACCACACUACUUGUCUUGUGUUGACGCUGCUUUCUUGUGUCACCGAGGAGUGCUGGGCAGGGCGGCUCUGGUUUUAGGACCCGCGCGCUGCCGCCAACACGCUUGCUGGGCGGCUGCAGCGGCGGCAGCAGCCAGGGAGGGGCAGGGAGCAGCAGCAUUGUGUACAUACUGUAGAGUUUUUAUGUAAAUCCUUACGCUAUUGUAUCAACUGUUUUAAGAGUACCAUUUUCUGUUGGCUUAUGGGAUAGAAUAAAUUAUUUGAUGUUAAA